AUGGUACGCCUCUCGUUCCUUCUCGCCUUAGUGGCCAGCACCGCGGCUUUGCCUACAUCUGAUCCCGUCUUUGAGGAGGAGGACUGCAGUUAUGAAGAGGACCAAGUCGACCUUCUCUACUGGCUACCCAGUGGAAAUGCCUUUUGUCGAGAUCUUCUUCAUAUUUCUGCCGAUGUGGCGUACAUCACUCAAGCAAAAACUGUGACAGUCGCGCAAUCCACCAGCACAAUAACCGAGUCGAUCACAUCCACAUCCACCACCACUUUGGAAGCAGAAACUGGCUAUGUUAACAUCACCGGCACUGAUGACUCCUUUGUGAGCCUCACCGAUGUCCAGACAGUACUUGUUACCGACGUGCUUGCCACUAUUGCCCUGACCGACAUAGUCACCGAGACCAUUACAAAGGAUACAACCAGUGUGGCCACAGACACCUUGACUUAUUUGACCACCGACACGGUGACGGACUUUGCGACCGAAACUAUCACCCAGGCCUUCACGAACACUGUCACUCAAUACUCAACAAUCUUUGUGAUUGACUCCAUCCCCGCCACUAUGACGGAUAUCUUCACACAGUCCUACACCAACUACCACACUGAGACCUAUGUUAUUUCUUUUACGGAAACCAUCUUUGCCACGGAAAGUGACGAUGUCACUACGACUCAAACCUAUGUCUCUACUGCUACUCAAACCAACUGGGAAACAGUUACAGACGUAGCUACAACGACCGACAUAUCUUCUGUUUCUUCGACGACAACCACCAUCCUCACUGAUGCAACAACCGCAACGAUUACGGACGUUGUCUCUGCUGCCAAGCGAGAUCUCGCUGCAGCAGCUACUGAGAUUUUCACCCCAGAAGCCUUGGCUGCCUAUUCCCCCACGAAUUGUCUAGUGCCUGCUCCGAACUAG